AGUGCGAGGGAGCGACCAUUCUCACCGAAGGAGGGGGGUGUCUGCCUUUCUGCAUUACAAUCCCCCCCAUCAUUCAGCAACAUAAGCUCCUUCGCUCACAGAUAGCUAGCUAAACUACGACAAAGCCUAAACUGUUAGCAUACUGAGAAUUAGGCAUUGCUAAUUGAGAUGUCACAAAAUCUUAGCAACAUCUUGGUCACAUAGCUGUGAAAUUGCUGUAAACAUUACGACAUCGUGACAUUUAUAUUCUUCCUGUGUUUAUCUAAACUACAACACCCAGAAGCCAUUGCGUGGCGCAUGCGCAGACUAUGCGUGCAGCAUGGCUACGGUGCUGUCCAGGGCUCUGAAGCUGCCAGGAAAGAAGUCCCAUGACCCCCGGGAAUAUGACCCUCUCACACAGGCAGACAGUGAUGAAAGUGAGGAUGAUCUGGUGAUUAACAUCCAGCAGAAUGGAGUCCAGAAUGGGAAAAGCAGUAGGGGUGGAUAUCAGGACCCAAGCUCUGAUGUUGAAAGAGUCUCCAAGAGAGUCCAGCAGCGUCCAGUUGAUGCUAAAGAGGAGGGGCUAACCCCAACAGGAGGACUGGAUCUUGAGCUAAAGGCUACAUCAUCAGUUGUGUCGUAUAUAAGGACCACAGUCUUCCUACUUACAGUUGUUGUCUCCAUGGUCAUGGUUCUUAUUUGCGCAUUUAUCAUUCCUUGUCCUCACAGUGGGCAUCACCAAUUCUGGACACUCCACGUUGGUCAGGAGACAGGUGUUCCUGCUCCUCUGGAACUGUUUGAUGUGAAUAAGGAUGGUGUUCCUGACAUCCUAAUUUCUUUCUCAUCCCGUAAAAAUGUGUCCCAAGAUGCUGUGAGGCAUCACAUCUCAGUAGCAGCCCUAUCUGGCAUUAAUAACAGCAUCCUUUGGAGCAGUCGUGUGCAGGAGGAAAUCCAAACUGUAAAGUGUGGAUUGUUGGUACCUGAUUCCCUACAGAAUAAUACUUGUCUUCUAACCGGACGCUCUAAACUUCUGCAGCUUGUCAGCGCUACCUCAGGAAAACCAAUCUGGACCACUUUGGUUCAUCCGUCCAGUGGGGCUUUGGCUACUUCUGCAGUUGUCCUGCCAGACCUAAAUGGGGAUCAUACUAGUGACUUAUUAAUACUUACCGUCGGAGAGCAACAGCCACGACUUGGAUUCCAGUUGGUCUCUGGUCUGACUGGGCAACUGCUGGGAGAGGUUGUUAAAUAUGAAGCUGCAGUUAAAGGCAAACUCCAAGGACCUCAGGUCCAUUACACUGCUCAGGGAGCCAUAUACAUCUUGUUUGGGAUUGGGAAUGUGCAGGCAGUUGCUCUCAAAGAUUUUUACAUGCAGGCAAAAACUGGAGAGAGUUUGCCCAGAGCUCUGCAGAAGAAGGAUCCAGAGUGGGAGAAACGGAGAACAGCAAAUGGCUCUCAGACGAUCAAUGUUUACAGGGAAGGAGUGGAGUUCCUACAAAACAUUCCAGUGAUGAACAGUAACUGCAGUGACCUGCUUAUCACUACGACCGAUGGCCUGACAUUGCUGCGGGGGAAAGAUUUGCAGAAGAGAUGGGCUGUUAGCCUAAAGAACAUCAACAGUCAGCCACAGCCUGGACACUAUAAUCCUGAUGGAAGCCUAGACUUCUUAUUGCAAGUUUAUAGCAACAAUACUUCGAAAAGGAUCAUCAUUAUUAAUGGCACAUCUGGUGAAUCUCUUUGGGAAUGGGAAGUUCCAUGGCAUGUGAAGGAAACAACAGUGGCUGCUUCUGUUCCAACCUCAGAUGGAAGGUCUGCCUUUAUUUUCUGGGGCGAUGGUAGCCUUCUGGCCACCGGCAGAAAUCUGAAUACACAAGUUGAUACACAGUGGAAUAGACAUCUCCUCCUUCUCCACCCAAGCUAUCCUGAUGUUAUUCUGGAUCUCUUUAAUGUUAGCACAAACAUUGUUACGAUGGCAGUUGGUAUGAAGGAACUGGAGAAAGAUGCCAUAGUCAUCAUUGUGACAUCAGACCGAGACAUGGGAAUUUCAGACAAUGUGCCUCAAAGCUUAGUGGUCAGCAAGCUUGCCUUGAGAUGGGCUAUGUCUUACAGCCAUCCUUUGUCUAUGGGAAAUACAAAAGUGAAGCCUAAGGUUGAAGAUGUGAAGAGGAUUCUUAGUCGGCUAAAGUUCAGUACUGUCCCUCAGAAGCCAUAGCCAUGUCAUCUCAUGGAGACGAAAUAUUGGAGGAUGGAUUCAACAAGGGACUUACCUGUAAUGUGUGGUACUCUUCCUGCUGUUGGAAAUACAUGGUAUCACAGCAAACCUCACAGCACAAACAUUGUUUCUUAACCUGGGGUAUCCAGAUGUUUCUUGACUACAAGUCACAUAUCAAUCUUCAAUAUAUUGUCAUAAAUGAAAGCCUACUGAGAUUUGUAGUUCAGCGACAUCUGAGGACUAGAUUUUUUUUUAAGUGCUUGGGCUCGUUUUUGAACAUUAUGCUGAUAGAUGGAAUGUCUUAACUUAUUACCUUAUUAACUUAUUACAUUAUCUUAAUAUCAGCAUACCUGGAAACUUUCUAUGUCAUGUUUAAGAUAAUAUUAACCACCAAAACCUUUAGUUGUUGCCACAGAUGCGGUGGAACCACUCCAUAGUAAGUAGGAUCUAUAAUUACAUCCUGUAGACUUUUGAUGACAUACAAACAUAUGAAUAUCAAUGCAUGGCUCCUUACCAUUAUUUUGCAUCUCAUGAGUACUGUUAUAAAAGGCAAAUCUCAGUUGGCUUUUAAAGAGAGAUGUUUUGCCUUUUACCUUGAACCUUAGCUGGUUUAUAACCAACAAAAUGAAUAAUGUAGCCAUUUGUAAGUGUGUGUAAUUAUUUGGCUGUUCUGAAAAUUCUUAACUGUGCGCAUUAUUUUUCAAUUGAAACAUUGUCUAGAACAAGAUGAUUUUUGGAAAUGACAAACAAAGAUUUGUACUUGUAUAGAUAAAUGAUGGCUUUUGUAAGGUACUGUAAGCUGUUUUUAUGCCAUCCAUGACAUGAUAGUUUUUUUCCAUGGAGUGUAAGAAACAGGGUAUUAUGUACUGCGAGGUCAGGGUGGGCAACAUGUGGCCCUUUGGAUGACUUAUUAUUGCCACUGACGCUGCUAUUGGGGACUAGAGUCUGCUUAAAGAGACAUGAAGUUCAGACCUGAAUGUUCUCCAAAUAAGUGUUAAUUAUACUCCCCAUUUUAACCCCUGUGCAAUGCUGAAUAGCAGUAGAAACACUUGAUUUAAAGGGAAGUUAACACUUAAAUCGUAGAUUUUCAUCUCUUUUGCUGUAAGCAUACCUUAGUCCGAAUCUAACCCCAGCAUGGAAUGUCUGGUAGAGCCCAAAUAACUCUGACCUGUGUGUAAAAUAUGCUGUUAUAUGGAUUUAUGGGGCAGGCAUGCACAAGCUCAGGCACUCAAUGUUGCUGAUCUCCAGUUCCCAGAAUCCUUCUGACACUUUUGGGAAGAAAGGGUGGGAUUGACUUAUUUACACUAACAUCUGAUGUUGGAAUCCCUGGCCAGAUCAGUGAUAAAUACUGUAAAACGUAAUCAGUUCCAACAUUUGUUGCAUUCUGUUCAUAUGUGUGCACAUCCAUUGUGAUACAUGAGUAAGGUUGCAGCCUCACCCUCUUUAAAGGAGAACUACACCUCCCCAGCUAUAAAAGCCCCCUUUAACUGGCCUGCCUUGACCCCCCUCACCGCAGCUGCGUACCUGGGCAUCUUCUGUACAAUCGCCGAUUUUGAUGCAUGCUGUAUUGCUGCACAUAAAUCAGUUCAGUCUAAAUUAAAGGGGACCUGUCACC